CCUAGAGGGCUAUCUUCAGAAUAUCGGUACUUGAUUUAUCUCACCGACAAUGAUUCUCGGGGCACUUGACAAGCUAACCUGUGUGGUUGGUGUCGGCUAGAGAGCAGUUCGUCGGAGGAGUUCGACGACGCGACACGGAAUAAUGGCGAUGCUGACUUGGACCACUAUUGGGCUGCUGGCGCUCUGCCACUCGAGCACAGCCUACACUAAAUUCCCACCUGGGUUCACGUUUGGCGUAGCGACAGCUUCCCAUCAGAUCGAGGGUGCUUGGAACGUCAAUGGCAAAUCCGAAAAUGUCUGGGAUCGCCUAUCACACACGCGCCCCGAGAUGAUCGCUGACGGUACCAACGGAGACAUUGCCUGUGACUCCUACAACCGUUACCUAGAAGAUGUAGAGGAGCUAGAAUACCUUGGUGUGGACUUCUACCGGUUCUCUUUGUCUUGGGCCCGUAUCCUGCCUACUGGCCGCAUCGAUUACGUCAACCCUGACGGAAUUCGCUACUACAAUGAUCUUCUUGACGCUUUGGCUGAGAAAAACAUCGAACCGCUCGUGACCCUGUUCCACUGGGACCUGCCGCAAACAUUGCAAGAUCUUGGUGGCUGGACGAACCCUAAGAUGAUCGACUACUUCCGUGACUAUGCUGAUCUGUGCUUCAAAGAGUUCGGAACCAAAAUCAAGUCUUGGAUCACAUUCAACGAGCCUUAUGAGAUCUGCGAGGAUGCUUACGGUGAUGAGAAGAAGGCUCCAGCCGUGAACAGCCACGGUGUUGGUAACUACCUAUGCAGUGACAACUUGCUGAAGGCUCACGCCGAGUCCUACCACUUGUACAACGAGACCUACCGUCCAGUUCAAAACGGAAGGAUCAUGAUUUCCAUCAACUCCAUCUGGUAUGAGCCCAGCGACCCUGCUAACGUAGAACAGGUUGUUCUCGCCGACGUAGCCAAUCAAUUCAAAUUUGGUUGGUUCGCGCACCCAAUUUUCACUGUUGAGGGAGGAUACCCUGCAGUGAUGGUUGAAAACGUAGCCCGUCAGAGCGCAGCUGAAGGUCUCUCCAAGCCUCGUCUUGAGCAGUUCGACGACUACUGGAUUCAAAGGAUCAAGGGAACGUCAGACUUCCUUGGUAUCAACCACUACACUACGCAUUUAAUCACUGGUCCCGGAGUCGACCCCAUUGCUAAGUCACCUUCGUGGUUGAAGGACAUCGGUGCUGUUACCACCAUGGAAGUUGGUGGUGACUCUGCUUCAGAGUGGCUUAGAGUAGUACCGACUGGCUUCGCUAACCUGCUCCGUUGGUGCAAAAGCUCAUACAACGACCCACCGAUUUACAUCACUGAGAACGGAUUCUCAGACUUGGGAACCUUGCUGGACUAUGACCGUAUCAAGUACUUCAAUGAUUACCUGAGUGAGAUUCUGAACGUGAUCUACGAUGACGGCGUCAACGUACUCGGCUACACAGCCUGGACUCUCAUGGACAACUUUGAAUGGAGGGCUGGAUUCUCUGAGCGUUUCGGCUUCUACUACGUAAAUAUUACUGAUCCCGAGCGCCCACGCACCAAGAAACUCUCAGCUGAUUACUACCGCGACCUGAUCGCUAACCGAGAGCUUCCUCAGGACGAGCGCUACAAGGUAUUCAAUAUUGUUUACACUAACUCAAAACAAACAAAAAAAAAGAAAUUGUAUUUUUUAUAAUUAAUUCUGUUUAGAAAUUGGGUACUCCAUUUUGAAGCAGAAUUAAUUAUAUAUGCAUAAAUCUAUUUUAUAACUUAAUCAAUUUACAAGCCGUAACUAAGUGCCUAUUGCUUGUCUAGUUAUCCGGUGUGGGUUUUCUUUCCUGAACUGUGUACGUUACUUUGUUCUUACUCCGUGUUAUGUUACUAUUCUUCUGUUUCUUUUAGUUCUUAAUUAUGAUUUAUUUACUGGUGGUGUUGAGGUUUGCUUUCAACUAUCUGCUUUGAGUAUAUGUUCUCUUUGCGAAUAACCAGUAGUUUUAAAAUAGUCUUACUAAAUUUACUUUUUGACAGAUAUCGCAAAAGUGAAGACGGUGACGGUCCAGCAUGGAAGGCCUAGUAUCUAUUGUAAAUAAUAAUAUUUAUUACAAAAAGCAUGUAUGCAUCGCUUGUUAGCGUUUAAAAAAUAAAUUAUUUAAACCAUAUUCUUAGACUUUACUUUCUUCGACAGAUCACGCCAACACCAAGAACUGAGUUGUAGUAUAUCGUCGUGUAAGUUUUAUAAAGACAUGGAAAGUAAAAUAUGUAAUAGGUAUUAAAACAAAUAUUUAUUUAAUUCAUAUAAGAAUAUCGAAUUAUUUACAAUGAAAUUAUAGUAAAUUAAUAACGUUGACACGUAAUUUCAUUGUUAUUACAUUGAUACACGUAGUUACAUACACUACAUAGAAAACUUGCAUCUGUCAUCAGACUGAAAAGAUAUGUUUCAUAAAGGCUAUAACUUAGAAAUAAUUGAUUACAGUUUACUUGAGAUAUUGUUCUGAAUAUUAUUCUGUAGCAAGUGGCAGGCCUCGAGCCAGGCGAGGCUACAGUACGAGUGCAGUACAGUAGAGUACAACUUGGAAUGUUUGUCGACGUGUCGUGACACUAGGAACGACUUACUGGAUCACUUGGUCGACCGCGGGUCACUCUCCCGACCUCGCGGUGCUACGGGGAGGGCGAGUUGAGAAUAAUGAACCGAACAAUAUGAGAAGCAUCCAAACUUACGGACUCUUACAAUUAAUACACGACAAAUACAAAUAUAAAGUAUACAACAAAUGGAUCUACAGAAUACAAAAUUAAAUGUAUCAUCAACCCAGCACCGUUACGUCUAAUUACAAUAGUUACACAGAUGCUAUUUAUUGCUAUGCGACAUAACUGAAGAUUACAAUAAAGUCUUAUAAGAAUAAUAGUACUUUUACUAAUAUGGCAAAGUUUUCAAUGUAGCAUUUGAUAUUAAAGGCCUAAUUCCAUUAUCAUAUUAAUCAAUCAAGCUAGCUGAAUUCAAUACACUCAUACAAAAAUUCUAAAGACUAGGUGGGCUUACAAAAUUUUGAAACAUUUGAAUAAUUGAUAGAAACAUGAUCGAUGAUUGAAUGAAUUGAUUACUAAUAAUAAUGAAGUAAUACUAAUUACAUAACAAUAGUUAUAGAAAAUAGAUUUUAUACUUUGUUGGCACCAAUCGCAAUCUGCUCCGCAGCAGGUCGCAAUGUUAUUUCAAUAAAUCCAUCAAAUCACACAAUUACUAUCUUCUGAGUAAGGCACUUAGAGACGAAUUUCUAGCUCCAAUUAUUCCCUAAAAUUAGCUAGCUAGCUGCACCCAUACACUUGAAUAUUGCUUAUGUAGUCACAUUGUUCACUUAGAACCCAACUAAUAUAAGUAAACAUAAUAGUUGCCAACAUAUUACCUACUUCAUGAUUAACUAUUAAAACUUAACGUCUAUUCAUAAUCUCGAAAAUUCACAAGGACGGUGUAAGUUGACAAACAACGUUCUACAAGUACAUAAGUAGUUUAUUUUCUGUCAAAUCACUAUUACAUCAAUAGUUCGACAAUAGAAAAAUUGUAAAAAUAUCUCAACAUUAUCUAAAUUAUUACAACAAUAAAUAAUUUUAUCAAGGCACAAUAAGGCACUGUUCAUUACAUCAAGAUGUUAUCACAAUCUUAAUUUUAAAAUAUAUCAUAAAAUAUUGUUUGCUUGUCGAUUUAUAGAAAACGAUUUCCGAUAGUCUCUAUGAAAAGAAUAUGGAAACUAAGUUCACGAAUGAUUGCGUUGCAACGCAACUACUUUCUGCUACGAAAGAAGGCUUGCAGCCACCGCGCGGCGAGACGUCGCCGGCACUCGUCACUAGUGCUGUGCGUACGCAGCCGUACGCACCUCGCACUAACCUCAUGACUAGCCAUUCGUGAUAGUCUUGCUCUACUGAUCCGCGAUACUUGGCUUACUUUUCGUAGCUCAUCUCUUGCUUCAGCUGGUUGAAACAUUUUUGAAUUCGAGCAUCAUUUUUUUGUUGGCUUGCUCACGUCAUAAGACGAAAAUGAUUUUAAUUUUCUUAUGUCACUCCAGCAUUAUUUGCUAACUAUGGAUGUAUAGAUACUAAUUUACAAUACUUAAGAGGCCAAGUCAAGAAUUACGAUGAGUAUGUGUUGUAUAGUCAGUCAUACAAAAUUCCACACAUUUACAUAUCAACCACAACGAAGUAGAAACAUUUAACUCACACAAUUUCGUAUUCCUAUCUCAUUCGAAUAAAUGCAGAGACAGAGAUAAAACCAAUUCUGCAUAAAAGCGAGCAGAUAUAGUAGGGAAUAGUGAAACCGGUGCGGAAAUGUGUUGAAAUGAAAUUUGAACUGAAAAAUAACGUUGCUGGCUAUAAAUACCACCAAAUGCGUAACUCCGCACCGAUCCAACUGUUCUCAUGGAAGCCAUCGUACUGGUAUUGAAGUAUCUAUCUAUACUAAGUCAUAAGCACACAAAAUCCCACGUCAGUCAUUACACAUGUUAUGCUAUAAUUGUCAUUUUCAAAGUGAAAUUUACACCAUCGUUACCGUGUUGUCCCCGACACUGUUAUAGCGGUCGACGUCAUACAAGCGGUAAGUACGCUACAUUAAACAUAUAAUACCUAAUUUGAAAGUUUGUAAGCAUGGUCUGCGCAGGCGCGCGCCAUCUACAGCCACGUCAGCACGUUGUCGGGCUUGCUCGGCGUCGAGUUUAUCAGCGAUUGCACGUCGUCCAGGAGUAUGUCGUUGGUGAACUCGUUCAACUGGAACAGUCGAAUUUACA